CGCCUCUGGUUACGGAGGCUGUUUUUGAAAGGAAACAAGAGAGGUUGUAAGGCUGACUCUCCCAAGAAUGUCACGCUUUGCUAUUCUAGGAAGCAGCCAAAGAACAAGAGGCUGCUGGAGACAAAACAACUUCUCUCUGCAAAUGCCUACACUUGGCAAUAUGUGGCGGCAUCUAUCAGAAGGUGGGAAAGACGGGGUUUCCCUUUAUUGAGAGACUUCUGCACCCGUUGACGUUCUGACGUUAUUUUCAGCCGAAGAACCGCUAAGUCCUGGAUGCCUCUGCUGACUGUCACCCCACUGGAAGCUUUGCAUUUCAGUAAUUGUCUUGCCAUUUAUCAAUUGGAAGAAGAGUCGGAACUCCCUUUGGAAGGAACAGGAUGAGCAAACUAUUUUUCAGAACAGAUAUGUUGCUUCAACGGGACUGCUAGAUAGUGUCCGUUUCUUCAGAAGUUUUUGAGCUGUAGCUUAUGUCUCUUUCAGUGUCACUAAUUCUCAAUUAAUUGUCAGUAUUCUGCUGUAGACUACACUACAAAAACAAUCCAUUACUAGCUACCAUAUUUUAAAAAAUGAGGAUAGAAGUCAUGAAUCAGAAAAGAAUUUAGUCCUACCUUCUAAAGAUUUUAGUACAGUGAUAUCUACGAAGUUUAAUAGUCAACAGAAAUUCAGUCUAUGUGAUGAAUGAAACUUUGUCAAAUUUGAACCAGCAGCCUUCCCAACACGUACAGAAUGUCUCAACUGAUGUCAACACCAGUAGCAAGUAAAUGUUCUUCUGGAUCGGAGAGAGAACAUACCGGAGAGCUGUCUCCCACAUGCAUUUUCCCAAGUUUUGCCUGUGACUUCCUGGAUGGUGACAGUUCUUUUGAAUGCUGCUUCAUAGAUCCCCUGACAGGUUCCCACUUUACCUGUCGUCGAAGUCCCAGACUCCUCACCAAUGGCUACUACAUUUGGACUGGAGACAGUUUCCUCUGUGACAAGGAUGGCAACGUAACUCUGAGCCCAUCCCAGACCAGUGUUAUGUAUAAGGAGAACUUAGUUAGAAUAUUUAGGAAAAAAAAGAGGAUCCGCCAUUCCCUUUCUUCUCUCUUCAGUCUCAGUGCCUCUAAAUCCUGGCUACAUGGAAGUAUCUUUGGUGAUGUUGACCCUUCCCCAAGAGAGGACAUCUGGUUGGAGGGGCUGAAUGCUUACCACUGCAAUGAAAAUGGAGUUGAUGUCAGCCGUUCUCUGACUGAUGACUGGACAUUGGAGGAGCCGAGCACUGAGUCACUGGACGCCUCUUCUCCCAGCCGAGAGGCAUCUCCGUCUCCCAGAGAAAUCUCCUGUGACUCAUCUUCCCAGUAUCAGCUGACGGCUUCCAAACGUUUCCAGCAGAAAGGUUUAGAUCAUCCAAAAACCAGUUUGCUACAAGAGGUCUCUUUUCAAGCCAUCCUGCUGGCUGCAUGCUUCAUCUUUUCUGCAUGUGCAAGAUGGUUUCCGGGAGGAAUGUUAGCCAGUGUCUUCACCUGCUCGGUGAUGAUGACUUUGGCUUAUGUUGUCAAGUCAUUGUUUCUCAGCAUUGCCAGCUAUUUCAAAGCCACCACCUGUGCUUGGUUUGCCAAAAUUUGACAAGCAUUUAGGAGUGCCUCGGAUGAACGUCUUCAGUCUGAAUAUCCGGAAAUUAUCCUAUUUACAGUCUACUUGGAAUCAAUUACUUUAUUGGAAGGAGUGAGCAACUGGAUAAUC